AUGAGUAAUCAAAGUGUUCGUAAAGUUUAUCGACCAAGUCUAUUCGUACGUAAAAAUGAUGCAUUUGGAGCAUGGAGUUUUAAUUUUUUACUAAAUCUACUUGAAAUAGAUUAUCGUUGUUCGAAUAAUCAAGAUUUUCCUGAGGUAUGGAAAACGACUGAUCAAACAAGAGUUACUGUCAAUGUUAUUCAGUCAACGGAUGAACACUUGAGUAAAUCAACAAACAAGGCAGACUCAUCGAAUGCAACUAAUAAAAGUGCUAAUGAAGAUGAAGAAUCAUCUACUUUACACGGUCUACUGGUACAGAUUUGUCGACAAAACAAUUAUGACGAUGCUGAAGCUACUUUAUGGCUCAACAAAUUGAAAGGUAAGAAAGU